GAUAUCUUGAGUUCAACGGCUCUAGUCUACCUAAAGACCAAACCAAUUGAGAUUUGAGCUUUCGUCAAAACUUUCUCACAGUUGGUCAAAACAUCAUGAAAAAUUAGGUUGUCCAUUCAUCGUGAUUGAUAAAAUGUAGAAAACGACGUUCUAUUAAUCUUAGGCGAGUUUUUUUUAUUUUGACAAAUGCACAAAUCUCAAUUUAGAGCUUAGUUUUAAGCUCAGCCUUAUUAAACUUUCUCUAUUUUAAGAGUGAUUUUGCCCAUACAUUUAUACCCCUGUAGAUCACCCAUCAGUCAAUGUUCGUGACUAAAAUCAAUUAAUCGCAAUUUGAUGAGUUAAUUUUUCCAGAAGUUAUAAACCUGACCGGAUGUCAAUACGUUGCGUUGCGCUUAGAUAUCAGCUAGUUAGUUUACAUGUUCAUUGCACGUCAGACAAUGGCGAAGUUCGUACAUUUCCCCAACUGCAUUCUCGUUUUUCUAGUGAUGUUUUGCGAAUCCCAUCUGGCCUUUCAAACCACGAUGGAAUUGUCACUGCAGCGUGUAGAACAAACUAUUGGACCAGAGCUGAUCGAUGCCAGCCAUUUGAGAGUCAUGAAGUUCAACCGAACCGUGGCCGUGCUGAACGGUACCUUGUUCAUCUCCAAAGAUAUGGACGAUCAGUUUGAAUUUCGUAUAUCUGUGGCCUACAGUCGGAUCGGUAAUAAUCAGUUCGUUGAAUACCCGAUGAAAACAGCACAAGAAAAAGUAUGCAAUGUGCUGAACGGAUCGUAUCGGGAUUAUCAGCACCUAUGGGCUGAUACUACGAAUUUCCCUCAGCUGACUGAUGAGGAAAGAUAUUGUCCACUGCCCAGGGGAGAAUACUGGAUAAAAAAUUAUGCCCCCGUAGCAUCGUGGGUUCCUCCGAUGGUUCCAGAAGGAUUGUGGCGAAUGACGCUCGAUAUUUUGAGCGCUGAUGGAGAAAUAAUGGCACAACUUCGAUCAUACACUUGGCUCCGAAAAUAAACCAUUAGAAAUAAGUGUGAUGUUAACAUUGAUUACUAAACUGAUUUACAAAAUGUCAAUAAAUUUAGGAAACGAAAAUAGCACAAUGUAUAACAACAGGAGAUAAUUUAGCUAUACACAAUGCUGCAAGAAAAUAUCGAGUUAAUAAGAGUUUU